AAAAAAAAGAAUUAAUAGCCUAGCCAGUCCACAGCCAAGGUCCAUUCCCAAUUUCCUACUGCCCAUCACCGAAGGCUCCAGUGAAACCCUAGAGGGAGCUUCAAUCCGCGCACGCCCACGGCUUAAGGGAGGGCUGAGAUUUCACCUUCCGUGCUUCAGUGCCUUCGCCUUCACUGUUUUGAGGGCUGAGGCUUCACCAGUAGCGACCGCAGAGAGCUUCCGCUUCGGCUAUUCGGUGUUCGCGACUUCGUGUCUUCUCCGAUCUUCGUCAACGGCUCGGCAGGCCUCCAUCUACCACCCCACGGCAGAUUCGGCAGACCGCCAGUCGCCAGACCGCAGGUCCGCAGCCGCCGCACCAUUUAUUCCGGCGAAGAUAGAGAGAGAGAGAUGAACAAGGAGAAGAUAUUCAAGCUAGCGAAAGGUUUCAGAGGAAGGGCGAAGAACUGCAUAAGAAUAGCAAGAGAGAGAGUCGAGAAGGCCUUGCAGUACUCUUACAGAGACCGUCGCAACAAGAAGCGCGAUAUGCGCGCCCUCUGGAUCCAACGCAUCAACGCUGGCACCCGCUUACACGGCGUGAAUUAUGGGAACUUUAUGCAUGGGCUGAUGAAGGAGAACAUCCAAUUGAACAGGAAAGUUCUGUCAGAACUGUCAAUGCAUGAACCCUAUAGCUUCAAGGCCUUGGUGGACAUCUCUCACAAUGCCUUCCCUGGAAACAAAACCAUGCUGCUUCCUCCCAGGAAGGAUGGCCUCUCUGCUGUUUUGUAAUCCCUCUUAAUCACUUUACCCCCUUUUAUUUUUCCUUUUUUUUUUUUUUGUAAUGCUCUGCUCGAUGCAAGAAGGUUUAGAUCAAAAAACACAUUGUAUUAAUCUGAGAGGCAUGCAGGGAAAGGAAAGAAACUUAGGAAGUAA